CAGCCUACCUUCGCCAUGUCCAACUACGGGAACGGCAACAGCUACUACAAUCCCAAUAUCCCUCACUCCUCGGGCCACCAUCACUCCCAGUACCAGUCCUCCUACGACAACCCCGACGGCACAAACAAUGCAUACCCAUACUCGGACCAACCCCGUCAGAACCACUCCUCUGCCCACUCGUAUUCGUCGCGCAACAAUGACGAGCUCUUCAUUGCCGAAUCCAACACAGCCGCUUCGCCUCCCGCUACAGGUUACAGUGCCAACUAUCGUUACCAAACACACUCGCCUACCCAGUCGCAGUCGCAACAGUACAACCCGCAGAGCUACGGAUCGUCCGUCGUGAGCCUGCCAAACCCCCAACAUUACGGUGGCGUGGCCAGGAACUUUGCUCCGCUGCAUCAGCCCUACAAUCCAGCCCUCUACGCCGACAGCGGGACCCCUACCAAUCAAUCGAGCGGUCAUCCCUACGGCUUCUCGCCCACUUCGCCCCAGGCGACCGCUACUUAUCCUUCGCCCACAGCUCAUCAGCAAGCAGCGUUUGCGAGGAACCCAUCCGUUCAGUAUGCCCGGACGGGCUAUACAACACCAGCCCCACCGCCAUUGCCUGUGCCUCCAACGAGCGCCCAGUCUCCUACCGAGGACUGGAACAGCUAUCCGAGUCGUCACACCUCGAAUGCCUCCCACCAAUACCACCGCUCGACUGAUUCCGCCCAUGCCCCGCUUCCUUCUCCUCCCACAUACAGCACAGGCUACGCUUCUCAAGAGCCGGUUCACCGCUACAACUCAAGCGCAAGCCACCGCUCCAAUCCUCUCCCUCCCACUCCUGAGAUUCCUUCGCACCAGCCUUCGCAGCGACAAGAUCCCUUUGGCCGGAGGCCAUUACCCCCACCUCCGCCGCCCAACGAGUCGGACAGCGAAGAUUAUUUUGCGACAAAUCAGAAUGGGCUGCAAUACAAUCAAAAUGAUUUGUUUGACGAGGUUGAGAGUAUGGCCGCUGACGUAGGCAAUCUCAAUGUUCGCGCAGAACAGCCAAACGGCAACCAUUACGGUCAAUCAGAUGUAUCUGGUCGAAAUGGGCGUACAAACGGCAGUCAUCUUUCGCCAAACAGCGACAGCGACGUCGAGGCAGCUGCUGGUUUGGCUGCACUGCAAAUGGCUGAGGCGCAAGAGCAUGCAGACAACGAGAGAAGACGUACAGGAGGUGCCGGGCUGUUCAGCAAUUACGUAUCUCUUCAAUCUCCCCAACUUUCCAGUGGGGUUUCACCGCGUCUGGAGGAGAGUGCCAGCGAUAGUGACUACGUGCCGGUAGAUGUCGGCUCGUAUGGCGGAACUUUUGAUCCACAAUUUACCUAUGGUGGAGGUCCGAAUCAGCUUGCCUCGGGACACAGCACAUUUGAACCUAAUGCCCAGCCCCCUUCGACUUCGGGCUCCCAACGCCGUUCCGAAACUUCCAACGACGGUUACGAUCCAAUCCACCCAUUCCCUGCUUUCUCUGCUAAUGCCCGGGUGGAUACGUUUGGCACAGGUGGCCUUGAGGAACCGGCUGCUCGCCGCCGUAGUUACGACGAAGGAGAUGAAGUCACGUUAACAGAAGCAAACGCAGGAGAGCCGCCAGAUAUGUUUUACCACCCCGGCAUGUCAACAAACCGACCUCUGCCUCCACCCCCUGCAAACAACAACCGACUGGUCCAUCAUCACAGCUCCAGCUCUGCUGGUUCAUACGAAUAUUGGCGAAAUGCCCAGCAAUCCCCCCGUACGCCUCAAUUUCCGACAGAUUCAAACGCCAUGCACAUGGUCUCGCCAGGGGGCUCCGCUGUCCCGAGAUCUACUUCUCUGUUACAGCAUAGCAACACUCCACAAGCAGUACCGCUUCCCAGGUCAAAAACCGAUGCCGAGCAAAACCACCGCGCCAGACAACCCGGUAACCGCCAAACCUUUUACGGAGGUAACUUUGAUAGUGACAGUAACACAUUAACACCGGGCAGUGGUGAUGGGGUCGCCAUAGAUCUUCCCGCUAUACCUUCUGGCAAGCGAUUCAACCCGGCCAAACUGUCGACAAAGGACUUUUUGAAAUGUGCUGAACCUUGGGCAUUGAGUUCCAUUAUUUCCUGGCUUAGAAUGAUGACCGAGGGAGAGAACGAUCUCAAGGAAGGCCCUAUUCAAGAAGGUCUUGUUGCGCUCUUCACGCACAAGGUUCCCACUAUGAAUAUUGCUGAUGCUGAAACUUUGGCUAGCCGCGUUGUUGCUGAGAUGUAUAAAGCAGGCACCUUGGUGCAUGAAGAAGAAUGGCUCAAGUUCUCCUCGCAGACCAUGACUGGUGUGAUUUACCAGCUGACUGGAGCCGGAUGUUAUUCGUCCAAACUACACACCCACGCAACACCGGGACGCUGCUACGCUCACCAUUGCCAACGGACGUUGAAGAAGAUCGAUCUGAUGGCCUCAUCGGCUGCACCGCAAUCUGACGAUUGGGCAACUUUCCACAAACUCAAAAAGGAGGAUAUCGAAAAUGUCAACCAAAAAGAAAUUGAACGGCAGAACAUCCUGCACGAAAUUGUGCAGGGAGAAGUCAAAUACAUGCAGAGACUCGAUGUGCUCCGUCACCUAUAUCGUGAUCGACUACUAGCAGCACAGCCGCCCAUCAUCUCACCCAAAAAGUUGAACAAGUUCAUCAAGGACGUUUUUUCAAAAGUGGAUGCCGUCAAGAAAGCCAACGAGGAUCAUUUGCUACCGCAGAUGAAAUAUCGGCAACAAGAGCAAGGUCCCUGGAUUGUCGGGUUCAGUGACAUCUUCCGAGAAUGGAUCAGAAAGGCAAAACAAGCGUAUAUUGAAUAUUCGUCCGCGUUUCCAUACGCAACAUUCCUGAUGCGACAGGAAAAAGACAAGAACAUGCUCUUCAAGACGUUUCUUGACAACGUCCAGAAAGAUCCAGCUUCGCUGAGAUUGGAUUGGAAUAGUUUUCUGAAGGACCCAAUUACCAGGUUGCAACGAUAUGGCCUUUUGAUUGAAACUGUCUUGAAGAAAUCCAAAGUGGAGAACGAAGAGAAGCGCAAUCUUUUGAUUGCUCGAGAAGAGAUCAAGGCGGUAACACUGGAGUGUGACGCACGUGUUGCAGAGAUGUCUAGAAAGGUGGACCUGUCCGAUCUCCAGGCGAGGCUUAUACUGCGACCCGGCAUGCAACGUGUGGAACUCAAUCUGGAUCAUUUGGGUCGAGAGCUCAUCUUCAAAGGUGAUUUGCUGAGAAUGGGAGGCAAUCGAUUCAACUGGCUCGAUACCCAUGCCCUGCUUUUCGACCACUAUCUGGUGUUGUCGAAGACCAUCAAAACUACAGAGCAAGACGGAGUCACCAAGUCCGAAAAAUACGAUGUGUCGCGACUUCCUAUACCCAUGGAUCUGCUCGUGCUGGAGAGCGAAGACGAUGAUCCAGUCAUGCGUGGCGGUGUAAGGGGUAUCGCUGCAGUCAAUCCCGUCAACCCUAAAGCUGGCAACUUGGCCGUGGGACGGGGUGGGCUCAACACACCGAUGCCCGGCAUGUUGCAACACACCAAUACUGGCACAUCACAAAACUCGAGUGAUUCAAAGAGCUUGGCCGGUAACGCGAACGCAAACACGGACAGCAAUGAGAAGAUUAUGUAUCCUUUCCGUGUGAAGCAUCUCGGAAAAGAAACAUAUACGCUAUUCGCUCCGUCAGCACAAGCCAGAGCUGAAUGGUGUGAUAACUUGAUUAUUGCGAAGACAAAGCAUGCAGCUGCCCUUUUUGCACAGAAUGCCGAACCGUUCCGCUUGCGCGUUAUGGCAGACUCGGCCUUCGCCUACGAGUCGGCCAUGCCGUCGCAGAAGAGCAUCACCAUCAAGGGAACACCACUAGAUCGAUCCAUCGAUGAAGUAGAAAAGCUGUUCCAAAACACGGGCCGACCAGUACCCAGCUGUCGAGCGCGUGUCAACUGCGCUACUGGAUUCCACCAACCGUAUGGCAAGCAGAUGGUUGCAGUAGGCACUGAUAUCGGUGUCUACAUCUCCGAAUAUGACAACCCUCGUGGGUGGACCAAGGCAAUUCAAACACCAAGAGUGACCCAAGUAGCAGUACUUGAGCAGUUUAGCCUCAUGUUACUGAUCUCGGACAAAUCACUGACCGCAUAUCAUCUUGAUACUGUGUGCCCCGUCGGUGGUGUAGCGGCCUCGAAUGACUCGAGGCACCGAGCACCCCAGAAGCUCUCCGGCGCACGAGACAUCGGUUUUUUUGCUACAGGUGUUAUGAAAGACCGCACUCUGGUCUUCUACAAGAAGCGAGAGGGUCUUUCAUCUACCUUCAAGGUACUGGAGCCGGUCUACCAGAAGUCAACCGAAAAGAAGUCCAGGUUUCUCAGGACGGGACGCACAGAUUUCUUCCGUGAAUACGACGAGUUCUACAUCCCUACGGAAUGCACAGGAAUCAAUCUGUACAAUUCGUCACUUGCCAUUUCAACCUCGAAGGGGUUCGAAGUGCUUACUCUGGACAAGAAGCAACCGUGGUCGGUACCAGAUCUCAAGCAGCAACACGUCGCCACUAUUGCUUCGCGGCUCGAGAAUCAGAAGACACGGGGCAUGUUCCGACUUUCAGACCAAGAGUUCCUGCUCUGCUACGAAGAUUGCGCUGUCUACGUCAAUAAACAUGGUGAUAUUUCACGGUCCGUCAUCAUGGAGUUUGUCGGUAAAGCGUUGAGCGCAGCCAUGUACGGGCCCUACGUCUUGCUCUUCGACCAAGACUUUGUGGAGAUUCGCAACGCCCAGAACGGUCGAUUGCGGCAGGUCAUCUCGGGGCGAGACGUCAAGUGCCUGGACGAUGGACUCAGUGGUGGCUCGUCUCAUAACCGAACCAUCAAGCUGAGUUUGCAGCAUCCCCAACAGGAACGCACGCAAGUGGUUGUAGAAUUGCUCCUCAAUGAAGGACAGAAAGAUUAA